UUUUUCUAGUGGAGAACUUUUGUAAUUAUCGUCGAAAUGAAAGUACUUGAUAUGAAAUUCAUGGAAUACAAAGUACAAAGUAGAAAGUACAAACCAAACAGGGAAACACCGUCGAUUGAAGUUUCUAUACAGCCAAUCUCGAACCAGGAAUCACCUCCGUUUUCAUGGCAUCAAUGUACACAGCUUUCUAAUUACAGCAGCACCCUCAUAAAUCGAUAAACCCAUAAACAGAUUUGACUCAAAAAGGUGCCUUUCGAUCGAAAUUGAUCAAAUUUUGGCCACACAACAUCUAGAAUUUGUUAUAUAGCGAAGAUGGAAGAGGAGAUGAUUACACUACAAAACAUAAUGCCAGUAGAUCUUGCAAUCAAAAGAGAGUUAGAAUAUCGUAAAAAGAUGGAAAUAUCAAGAAACCAACAUGAAAACAACUUAAAACCACUUGUAGUCUCACAGGGCCCACCGAUUCAAUCCUGGAAAGAAGAUUACAAAAUGGCAGCAAGCGGGUCCCAUAAGUCUCGGAUGUUUCAGUUUUCUUCAACCCGUCAAACCUUGCGAGAAAAACGCGUGUUUUCUUGCAAGGCUUGUCAGUUGACUUUUGGUACUGUUUUUGACCUUAGUGGUCAUGUUGUAAGUCAACAACAUAAAUUCAAUGUAUCUGAGAUGAAGAAGAGGAAACAAGCCAUAAGCAAUCCGAUUUGGUGCGGGGUUUGGAAGGUCAAAGGAUGGUUGACCGAAAGCGAAAGUGUGUUUCAUUUGAAGAUGCAUGGUGAAACUUUUGCUCAUAGAAGUAAUCUUUGUAUGGCGAGAAAUGGGGGUGAAAAUGUGAGUAAUCCGUUUUUAUGUGAGGUUUGUGAUAUUUUGUGUUCAAGUGGGAAAGUAAUGAAGCUUCAUGCUGCUGGGGUAAAACAUAAGGGUUAUCUUCAAGAGUUUGAGGAUGCAAGAAGGGCAAGAUUUUAUGGUAAUUUUGGUUCAUAUCAGUAA